CCGAAUCCUUCUAAAAACGCAUAUACAGAUACAAUUUUAGGGUUUUCUUUUCCAGUUACGGCAGCACUCUCUGUCUGACUUCUCUCAGGCACGGCGAGCCACCGCCGCUUGCGCGGCCGCGCCUCCUCCUCGGACCACGGCUCCACCUUCCUCUAGGCCCUCCGCCUCCGGUCUUGGCAUUGAUUCCAUCUCUCAAUCGAGCGCUGCUAGAGCUGAGCUGCUGUCUGCGGCUUCGGGAGCCAAGCUGCUCCCUACGACUCUGAGAGCAGCGGCUGCGACCCUGGGUGACUGCGACUGCGCCGCUCCCUCCGGCUCCUUCACGGCCCUUUACGAUCGCGUCGGUGACUGAAAGACGGCAAUGGUGUUAGCCCAACCCCGCGAUGAAACCAAAUCAGCAGACUGAGGAUGUCAAGACCGACCCGACGGAGUUCUCCUCAACAAUCAUCAGAAUAGCCGUCUCUCAGAUUUGUAGGUCUGUCGGCUUCAAAGCCAUCCAGUUUUCAGCCCUCGAACUCCUCACGGACUUGGCCACCCGGCACCUCCGGUCGAUAGGCCGAUCUGCGGUUUCAUCUGCCAAUGCCUCGAACAGGACUCAGCCCAAUGUCUUCGAUCUUGUUAACGCUUUCAAUGACCUCAACUCGGUAAUGGGUUUCCAAGGUGCCUGUAAUCUCCACAAGGAUUAUGACCCUUUGCUUAGCUCCGGCGCGUUUGCCGAUCUCGUCCGCUUUGUCCAGUGCUCUCAUGAAAUUCCUUUCGCCAGGCCAAUUUCCCAUUUGAGUUCGAGUGAUUCAUCUGUGCCUGUUGUUCCCUGUAAUAUUAUUCAAAGAGAGUCCGGAUCCUGUCCGGGUCACAUUCCUAGAUGGUUACCUGAUCUUCCCGACUCAAGCACAUUCGAAAGAAGUCACGAAGACUUGGAGGACCGGUUGAAAAGGAGAAAGUACGAAUUAUGGGGCGAUGCAGUGUCUCCAGAAGCCAACGAUGAUUUCAGCACGAUGGACGCGGGGGAGAGGAGGGUCCAAACGAAGAACGGGAAACAGAUGGGGAAAUUAAAGUUUAAAAUUGCCCGGGUAAAGAAUGGUUUAAAUGGAACUAGGUGGAAGGAGCUGGCUUCGAAUGUUGCGAUAGAUGAUAACACAGGAUGCACCAGCGACUCGCAGGAAAAUGGAUCUCCACUCUUCGGCUUAAUGUCGGAAAAUGGAAACUGGAAGAGAGAGUUUGGGAUAAUAUACCGGCAUCUUUAAUGGCUUGGUCUGUUCUGCGGAAACUCUUGAUGUCAGGUCACAUUGAGUUUCUUCUGGAGGGAGAAAUAUGAACAAAGUCGAGGUGCCUUGAUCUCGAGGUGACCAGACCAGACCAGCCCCAAGUUAGAGUGGUUCGAUGCGUUGCCUUUGGUGUUGGCUAAACCUGCUACACUGGAGACUCGGCAUGAGAUGGGAUGAUCUUUAGAUUAGGAGUUACAAGUAUAUAUCUUUGAGAAAUAACAGGCAAAUCUUCUACUGUGACGAGAGUGGGACUACAGGUCUAGGUACUGUCGUAUAUGUCUUAUGAAAUUCUGGUCCCUCCAUUACUCCAAGUGAGCCCAAUAGUCAUUGUGAGAUAUUUAGGGCGGUUUGGUUUGGUAAUUUGAUUUUAGAAUCAUGAUUUUGAUUUUAA